AUGGCGCUCGUCCUCCCGCGUGAGCCGUGUGGCCCGCCCGCCUCCGGCUUCCCCUCCCGCAGUCCGACCGCGGAUCGCGCGACCAUCUUCUCCAAGCAGCUUCCCCUCUUCCCCUCUUCAUCCGUGCAGCUUCGAAACCCCAAGCUCGAGCUCAGUCUCGAGCUGUUCAGUCCAGGCUUCACCCCCACGCGGUGCUUCUCGCCGACGUGGCUCCGUCCAUCUCCGCUCCAACAGGAGCUUCCAGAGCUAACCGAAGCUGUGCAUGCCGGGUACCCAGCUUCAACUUGA